AAACAGGCUAGAGUUAGUGUUUAUGGGUUUAUGCAGAUAGGCUACGCUUUUUUGGCGCGUGCCGUGUGAAGAUGUUCCCCACAGCCAGAUGGUACAUCCUCGGUUCAUUCAUAAAAAUUCUGGGGGAAUAUAAGGAGGAGCUUGCAGAGCAGUCUGUCAGUGGCCAGGUUUACAAACCUGGAGCUUUGAAUAGCAGCAACAGCAAAGGAAAGGAGAGGAGAAGGCUGGCUGACAGAGCAGAUCGUCCGUUCUUUUUUGUCUCUGUUAAUAUUUAUAUUUAUAAAUAUAUAUUUAUAUAAAUAUAUCUAUUUAUUUUGUUGGAUCGUGCCUGGUGGAUUGGAGCAAUGUUCAUCAGCAAAGUGAACGGCGUCGACUCUGUGCCCCACUGCAGCCCUGCAUCUCCGGACGGGGACACCCUCCACGCAGGUUUCCAGCCCAUGGAGACCACACAGGGGGUCCAGGCAGGCCGUGAGACGUCCGUCACUCCGUUUGUUCCAACGGUGACUGCGAUCUCGACCACCCCAGACCUGCAGUGGAUGGUCCAGCCCACCAUCGUCACGUCCGUCUCGCCGUCUCCGGGCAGAGCUGCAGCCAAUGAGGCGCAGAGCUCCCUGAAAACACACGGGGGCAAGGGGAAAAGCGCCUCCAGGAAGGGAAAAGUCGAGCAGCUCACACCCGAAGAGGAGGAAAAGAAGAGGAUAAGGAGGGAGAGGAAUAAGAUGGCCGCAGCGAAGUGCCGCAACAGACGGAGAGAGCUCACAGACACCUUGCAGGCUGAAACCGACAAGCUGGAGGAAGACAAAGCAGCUCUGCAGGCUGAGAUUGCAAAUCUUCUGAAGGAAAAGGAAAGACUUGAGUAUGUCCUCUCCGCACAUAAGCCUUUAUGCCAGCUGCCCGAAGAGCUGGACAGCAUUUUCCCAGAGUCGCCACAGUCUCUUCCUUCUUCGGAUUCCUCCGUCAAGCUCCCAGAGGAUGGUGUGCAGGACACACCUUCUCUGCAAGACUUGGAGGCUCCGUCCGUUCCAUCCUCCGCUAUCUCGGGGAACUCCAACAUCCUGCUGUGCUCCAGCGCAGAAGUCAGCCUCUGUGACCUUGAACCGUCACUGGACGUCAAGGAGGAGCUCCUGGAAAACAUCCUCAGUUCUGUGGAUGAGGACAGGAUCUCUGUGGAAACAGCACGCUCUGUCCCUGACAUUGACCUCACUGGAUCCCUGGGCAUCACAGACUGGGAGACCCUGUACAAGUCUGUGGCCAAUGACCUGGAACCCUUAAGCACCCCGGUGGUGAACACCUCUACCCCCACUUGCAGCAACUACCUGUCUGUCUUCACCUUUGCCUGCCCAGAGCUGGACUCUCUUGACGAGGAACUGGAUGGCUGCAAAGGUGGGGCACCCAAAUCUGAUUCCAACGUAGAUAUCCUUAACUCGCCCACACUUUUGGCCUUAUAAACACCGGAAUGAAACGGAGGUGUUGGAUAGUGGUCUUGUGAAAGCCCUCUCUACUAUCGGAUAUCACUGUGUUGUGAUAUCUGAGACGAGUGGUAUUGAUGUGAAGCCAGCAGUUCAGUGGCAGCAUCUAAGAAAUAUGUAAUGUGACCGAGAUAGUGUUUAUCCUCUUCCAGAUAAUUUUGAUGUAGCUAAGAGCAUGGAAAAAUUAUCCUAUGGACAGUUAUGAGCUAUCUUCUGGUUCGAAAAAGCAUGCGCAAAGAUAAAGAUCUCAUCUAAAUGAAUAAGUAAAUAAAUAAAUUAAUAUAUAUAUAUAUAUAUAUAUAUAUAUAUAUAUAUAUAUAAAUAUAUAUAAAUGAACAGACAUAUAUGUAUGUAUCAGAUUUAUAUUUGUUUGAUCUGCUGUGAGGUCUUCUGUAAGCUGUAUCGUGCACUGUUCACUGUGCAGUUUUGUGUUUUUUGAUGGCAAUAGUUUAUCAAUGUUGUGCUUUAGUACACAUUCCUGAAGUUCUUGCAUACCUCAGUGUCAUCAUCAAACUGUGUUUUGACGUCAUUAAGAUGUUUAGAGUUUUCCAUGAAAACAUCCAGUGCUAUCAACGAUCAAGAUGUAUUUUAUGAUAAUUUAUUUUUCUACCUUUUAAAUUUUGACUUGUUUGUCAAAUGAAAAGAGUUAAAUGAGCAUUGAUUGCUUAUGAAUUAAUAUUCACAUUAAAUAUUCAUGCAAUGUGA